CUAUGCCCUAUCCUUGAAAAUGACGUUUAGCGUUUGGUGAUUUUGUGACUAACUUCACCAUUAUUGUGGUUGAAGGUUUUUUUGAUUAUUUGUAAGGUGCAAAAAUGCGAUGACGUUUGUUUCUAAAUAGUCUUAAGAUAAUUGUUAUUCAACUUAAAUAAGUACAAAAAGCGAAUGAUGUAGAUAGAGACUCAUCGGCUGCAUAACAAUGAAUCUUGGGGGUGUUAUCCGACUAAACAAGACAGGGCUGUGUGUAAUAUCGGGAGCUGUGCUGAUAUUGUUUAUUUACGUGUUUACUACAAGUUCAAAUAAUGAUCCUCCAAGCGUUAAGAUAAAUUUAAAGCAGCUCUUGGAGGUAGCAAUUAAGGCAGCGGAAAAUGGGGGCAAAGAAGUGGUUGCGAACAAGGACAAUUUACAAGUAAAAAGCAAAGGGUUGACGAAAGAAGGAAUGCAAGAUAGGGUCACCACUGCAGAUUAUUCGUCACACUGUGCUAUUAUGAAAACUUUGAAACAUGCAUAUCCCACCCUGCAUAUAAUUUCAGAGGAGAAAAAGGUCCAGUGUGACGACAGAGAAAUCGAUUACUUGGGACAUGUAACCAUUCCUAAGAGCUUAGAUGACCAUUUGGAAGAAAUUAGGGAUAUUUCUGUAUGGAUUGAUCCACUAGAUGCAACUUAUGAAUACACUGGAAAAUUGUACAAGUAUGUGACUACAAUGGUUUGCGUUGCUGUAAAAGAAGAACCUGUUAUUGGUGUCAUUCACAAACCUUUUAACACUGAAUCUCACACAUUUUGGGCAUGGGUUGGCAAAGCAAAAUCUUCAAACUUAAAAUAUGCGAGGAGCAAGAGUGAAAAUAUAAAGAUUAUAAUCUCAAUGUCGCACAGCGGUGAAAUAAAGAAAGUUUUGAGUGAAAAAAUGAAAAAUGUGGACAUAAUUGAAGCCGCCGGUGCUGGCUAUAAAGCUUUGGAAGUUGCCUUGGGCAAUGUGGACGCUUAUUUGCACACAACUGCCAUCAAGAAGUGGGAUAUUUGUGCAGGAAACGCUAUAAUAAAGGCAGUGGGAGGUAAAAUGACAACGAAAUUUAACGAAUUAAUUGAUUAUAAAGAUGAUACCAGUGUUAAGAAUGAGAAGGGUUUAGUAGUCACUAUAACCAACCAUGACAUGUUCAUUGGAAAAUUUUAAUUGUACAUAAGUCUUGAAUUUGUUUUAAAGAGUUUUGUUACGUGUGAUUAAAAAGUAAAUUUUGUAAGGCG